CAGCGUCGAGGCAUUCGCAGAAACCGCUUGACUCCCCUCCGGCUGCGCUACGGACGGCAGACCAACGACGGCGUCGGUGGCGCACGAGGCCGGUAGCGUUCCAGAGGAGAUCGUUUGCUCGCAAGAGCUCGCCCGACGGCGAUGAGUGCGAGCGGCAAGCCACCACAUUUCCUCACCAAUAUUUCCGCUUGCCGCCCGAUUUCCGGGUGGGAGUCGAUCAUCUCCUUGCCUGCCGUCUCCGUGAACAGCUUCCAGGCCGCAUCCCAUGGCAAGGCUUCUACCUUGAUCUUCUUCUUCACGCCCAUCUGGUCACAGAGAUCUUCGUUUCGCGUCCCGAUACGACCACAAGCAAUGGAAGACCAUGGACAGGAAGCCUUCGUGCUUGGUGAUGGGGUUCCCGUACUGCUCGUAGAUGCUGGACUUGUUCUGCACAGCUUUGGCCAGCAUGCACAGGAAGGACUGCCACUGGUUUCUGCCGAUGGAAUCCCCUGCAAGUAUGAUCUUGUCGUUCCUCUCCUCUCCAGUAUCUUAGAUGCAUUGAAUCUUCCGGAAGAACAAUACAAGCUCAUUAGGGAAUCAAGUAUUCUGGCAAAUCCAGAAAUUCCAUGAGAUCGCAACGCAAGGAAUCAACAGGGGCGGCGGGCGAUCAGGUUGGAAAAAGGAGAGGAGAAGGUAAUCGGUCACGGUCGGAGGCGGCGCCCGGAUCUCCUUGGAGCGCCACCGCUGGUCUGCCGUCCGCAGCGCAGCCGGAGGGGAGGAAGGCGGUUUCUGUAAAAGCCUCCAUUAAAAGGUAAUAAAAUUCUUAUUUUAUCUUUUUUUAUUAGCGUCGUCUUGCACGUGAUUUUAUCCCAACCAUGUGUCUAAUAGAAAUCGAUAAGGCACAGUUGUAAAUAAAAAGAAGGCACUGAGAUAAUUUCGUAAAUAAGAUGCUCCCCAAUUGCUAUACGACGCCGUGCCUCCUAGGGUUUGGCAAACGCAGGAUUUAGCCGCCCGUGUCUCUCGCUCGGUCUCUCGUGUUUUGAUCCGUCGCUUCUGCUAUGUUUUCCCGCUCGAUCUGCUUUAUAACAGGGAGGGCGAUGAAGAAGACGAUAUCAAUCAAAGGUUCGCUCGUCGUAAAGGCCUCUGCCUUGCCGACACAGCUUUCUACUCCGAGCCCCCCUUCCCCCUUGUAAUUUCCUGAUCAUGUUUACCUAAAAAUCGGUUUUUUUCCUUUUCCGUCGGGUUUCUUGGUCGGGGAAGACGCUGUGCUGCGAUGAACGAAGCAUUACUUCGAUCGACGGCAUUGUUCCGUGAGAUGGGAAUUUGUUCCUGAGCGGUUACCUGAGCAGCAAGCGGAACCCUAAAAAGAAAAGACUUGUGUUUCUUUGUUCACUGCGCUGAUGUGCAGUAACAUUUUAUUAUUGUUUUCUCGACAUGUUUUCUACUUGAAAAAAAAAAAAGACUUAUUUUUUGAAUAAAUGGUUUGAUAAUAU